AUGGAGCUCGCAUGUAGAGUCAUCCUGCUCCUCUUGCUGCCCAUCAACCUUGCUGUCGCCCAAAAUACUUCGAGCGAAGAAGCACAGGAGCUCCAUGUUGGGGUUAUCCUUGACUUGGGGUCCACUGUUGGCAAAAUGGCACGGACCAGCAUUUCACUGGCUAUGGAGGACUUCUAUGAUGUUCAUCGGAACUAUAGCACCAAGCUUGUCCUCCACAUCAGAGAUUCCAUGAGUGAUGAUGUCCAAGCUGCAUCUCAAGCUAUUGACCUGCUAGAGAAUUACAAUGUAGAAGUCAUCAUUGGUCCUCAGAAAUCUUCGCAAGCUAUAUUUAUCUCAAAACUUGGAAACAAAAGUCAUGUCCCGGUCAUAUCCUUCACGGCAACAAGCCCAUCCCUAUCAUCUAAAACUCUUCCAUAUUUUGUGCGAGCAACAAUAAAUGACUCGGCACAGGUAAAUUGCAUUGCCUCCAUAGUUAAAACCUACGGGUGGAGAGAGGUGGUGUCUAUCUAUGAAGACACUGAAUAUGGUAGAGGUAUCAUACCAUACCUUGUUGAUGUGCUACAAGAAGUUGAUGCACGUGUUCCCUACCAAAGUGUGAUCCCUUUGUCAGCAACCAGUGAACAAAUUACUCUAGAACUCUAUAAGCUGCUGACAAUGCAAACGACGGUCUUUGUUGUACAUAUGUCAUUUACCUUGGCCUCCCUCUUCUUUAUAAAGGCAAGAGAAGUAGGGAUGAUGAACAAAGGAUAUGCAUGGAUCAUGACAGAUGGAGUAACCAAUCUAAUAGAUUCACUGAAUCCUUCUGUCCUAGAAUCAUUGAAUGGUGCCUUAGGUGUUGAGUUUUAUGUUCCCAAAACCAAGGAACUUGAUGAGUUUGCCAUGAGAUGGAAUAUGAGGUUCCAGAUUGACAACCCAACCGAUCCACCAUUGAAAUUGAACAUCUUUGGACUAUGGGGAUAUGAUACAAUCUGGGCAGUAGCACAUGCCGCAGCAAAAGUUGGACAUGCAAAUGCCACAUUUCAGAAACCAGGUGCCACAAGAAAUUCAGUAAGUUUGGAAACCUUGGAAACAUCUAAUAAUGGUCCAAAACUGUUGCAAGCAAUCCUGCAGAAUAAAUUUAGAGGCCUCAGUGGCAAUUUUGACCUUUCAAAUAGGCAGCUGCAAAUUUCAACAUUUCGAAUAAUAAAUGUAGUAGGGAAAGGAUGGAGAGAUAUUGGAUUUUGGACAGCACAAAAUGAACUCUCGCAGCAAUUAAAUAAAACCAGACGGGCAACAACACAUCUAAAUCCAGUUAUCUGGCCAGGAGAGUCCAUAGAAGUACCCCGAGGUUUUGAGAUUCCUAUAAGCGGGAAGAAACUUCAAGUUGGUGUGUGCACAAGUGGAUAUCCAGAAUUUGUGAAGGUCGAAAAGGAUCAUAUCACAGGUGCAACUAAAGCAAUCGGUUUUUCAGUGGAUGUAUUUGAAGAGGCAGUUAAGAGACUUCCUUAUGCAGUCCCUUAUGAAUAUGUACUAUUUAGUACCAAGGAUGACGGAAGUAUGGAAGAUUACAAUGAUUUUGUCUACCAAGUUUAUCUUAAGAAAUAUGAUAUAGUAAUUGGAGAUAUAACAAUAAGGUAUAACAGAACAUUCUACGCUGACUUCACUCUGCCAUACACAGAAUCAGGAAUAGCAAUGGUCGUUCCAGUCAGGGAUAGCAUAAACAAGAAUACAUGGAUUUUCUUGAAGCCGCUAGAACCUGGAAUGUGGUUUGGAAGCAUCGUAUUCUUUAUCUACACUGGUGUGGUCGUAUUAAUAUUGGAGUUUCUAGGCAAUAACGAGAACGUCCACGAAGAGCUUGUGCAACGCUUUCUGUCCCGGAUAGUUUUGAUCAUUUGGUUGGUUUUCCUGAUGGUACUUACAUCAAGUUACACUGCAAGCUUGACAUCAAUGCUAACUGUACAGCAGCUUCAGCCAACUGUAACAGAUGUGCAUGAGCUCCUAAAAAGUGGAGAAUAUGUAGGAUAUCAUCGUGGCUCCUACGUCAAGGGACUUUUGGAAGAACUUGGUUUUGACAGGUCGAAGAUCAAGCCCUAUAAUUCCCCUGAUGAUUUUCACAAUGCACUUUCAAGAGGAAGCAACAAUGGUGGUAUUGCUGCACUUGUGCAUGAGGUUCCAUACAUUAAACUAUUUCUGGCAAAUCACUGCAAAGGGUACACUAUGGUGGGACCAAUUUAUAAAGCUGCAGGUUUUGGAUAUGUAAGUUGCACUGCAUUAAAUGCGCUUUCGCACAAUAUCCUUCUAGAAAAAGCAUUAUCAAAGGGAAAUCCCUUGAUUGGAGAUAUCUCCAAGGCAAUCCUCAACGUAACUGGGGGUGAUACUAUGAUUCAGAUUGAGAAGAAAUGGAUUGGAGAUCGAAACAAUUGCCAGAACUUGGGCCCAGUAACUGGUUCAAGCAGACUCACAUUUGCCAACUUCAGGGGAUUAUUUAUCCUUACUGGAGUUGCUUCAACUUCUUCCCUUUUGAUAGCAUUGAUAAUUUAUUUCUACAAAAAGAAGCGCAAGUCAACAGAGAUUGUGUUAGACAAUGAGAAUCGACCAGAAGAAAGUGGAAUAAAUGAGGAAAAUAGUGAGGCCCAAGAAGUAAAUCAAGGAGAUGAACAAAAUACACAGCAAGCAAGCCAGGGUGAAAGUGGGCUAGAAGAACAAAGCAGUUUAGAAGUGGUAUCUGAGACAACUGACAGACAAGCAUUGUUAUGCCCAACAAUGGGCCAACUGUCGUUUUCAGGGGUAAAAUAGAAAAAAAUACUAGCCUGUAAGUGGAACUCAUCUGACGUUCAGCACAUUUUUAGCUCCCUGUUAUCUCAGCGAGCUCCCUAAGCUAAUAUGUUCAACCCUGGAAAUUAGCAUUCUUGAGCUACAUGUGUAAUAUAAAUAGUCAUUUGUGCCAGGGUUUAAACUUGUAAACAAUUAGAACUGCAGAAUCUCAUUUUAUUUGACUGACUACCAAUCUCCUGUAUUGCUCAAGUAUAGCUUGAUUAAACCCCCAAAGGCAAGCUCAUCUAAUUGGAUUCAUCGUGCAUUUCCAAACUGCUUCUUUAUGAUCCCUGCAAUUUCAACAAUUUAUAUAUGUAACUGGCACAUGUUUUUACAAGUGAUGUGGUGUCAUGAGAUAUUGAUUGAAUGCUACUCAUCCUCUAUGAGAUUGAUAAGCCAAUAGCAUAUCCAGACAGAACAGGUUAUUACAGUGAGAUGGUGAAUGAUAGCAUGCAUCCUAGCUGAAAUGGUAACCUAGUAGA